GCAUUGAAUGUAUGUAUGAAUGCAUUGAAUGUAUGAAUGAAUGCAUUAGUCUUUAGAAUCAAUUGAGAGCUCAAACGUUAUGAGAGACGUGUCGUCAACGCUAAGAGUUAACCACUUUUUGGUCAUUAAUUACCCGAUAUUUUGGUCUGAUUUUGAUUUCAAGUGAUUUAUAAGUCAACUAAUAGUUAGUAAAUGUAUGGAUUGUCAACCAAUUGGUGACCAAAUGAGUGAAAUGACUGCAAAGUUGAUGAAUAGUGUGACCACACCUAAUGUCAAGGAAAGUGACGUCCAAUCAAUACAACAACAUUUGGCGCACACUUUGAAUGACAAUAAUAUCAAUGAAGUGGACAUCACUUCUCAAGACAUGUCACAAACAAUAGUGACAAACAGUCAUUUGACUGCAUCUAAUGCUUCAAAAGUGACGCAAAACAAACAACGAGAAGAAGCUAAACGAAGACGAACUCGACGGUCAAAGAAGAGAAAAUGGCAAAAGUUGGAUGGCUUUGACAAUACAAGACAAAAGAGGUUACAAUGGAGUGAAUCAACUGAACAGGAUGUGAGACGAUUGCAUAAGAAGGUGAUAGAUCACGGACAACCACUCGCACCAUAUAAUACAACUCAAUUCAUUAUGAAUGACCACAAUUGCGAUAAUGAGGUCGACUUGGAUGCCAUUCGUGGACGACUACAACGCAUGAGACGAAAUCAUCACAACGACACUACCAAUGAUGGCAAUGAAUUCAAUAAUGAUGAAGACUUUUAUAGUUCACCUGAAGAUGAGUCAGAUUAUCUUCAGCAACAGUUUCAUGAAACCUAUGACCACAUUCACGCCGAGAGGUUGUCUUCUAUGAAUAAAAAUCAAUUGGUUGAAGAAUAUCUUCAUUUGGAAGGUCGUGUUGAAGAACUCGAGAAACGACUUAAAGAGUCGACCGCACAAACCUCGACAACUGUAAGAACUACAUGUGAUAGUGAAGUGCAAACUGAAAGACGUGGACACGACAAUCAUAUUGAUGUUGAACACGAUAUCAUUGAUCGGACAUUCAAUUAUCGACAGGAGAUUCAAAGACUUUCGGAAGAAAAUAAUAGAUUAAGAAAUCAAAAGGAAAAAUUGGAAAACAUUCUUAAAGAACGUGACCACUGAUGACACAAAUCGAUGAGUUUCUGAACAAAUGCUUCAUUGUUUAUGAAUUGGUUUCGAUGUUUGGUUUUAUCAUUUUUAUCGAUAAAUUAUAGAUUGUAUUUGAUUUUAGAUUCAUUUAUCAGAUUUCUAAUUAAAAUCUCAUUUAAGUGCAAAUCACAACUUUAUCCAUAUUUGAGUCCAUAUAUAAUUCAUACAUCUCACUAAUUAUUAUAUAAUUAAUUAUAACCAAUUAAAACUUAAUUUUAAGUAUCAAUAUAUAGUUUUAAUUUAGGCAUUGUAUUG